UGUCUCAACUUAGCAUGGACACAUUUGUUUUCAUGGGACAAGACAGACAAACCAUUUGAAAAAUUGCCUUUUUUGGGGUUAAAUCUUCAUUUUCAACAAGAAAACCCAUCUUUAUUCUUCAAAACCUUGUGGAUUUAUUUUUUGUUUCUUAUAUGUGGUGCAUUUUCCCAAAGUGAAAUUUAAACUGGGACAUGUGGACGUAUUUUGUAUUUUCAAAGGAUGAGUUUGCAGUUUCUGGAGCAAUCCUAUAUGCAAGGAUCAUUUCCUGACUCGAGACCAGAACCAUAAACCCUCACUUCAACAAACCAAGUUGCACAGACAGGACAGAGAACUUCCACGGUGGAGCCGGACAGUGUUCUGUCCAACGACCCAGCCUGACGCACGGUGACGGACAGACGGACAGACAGUCUGAUGCCAACUGUCUCACCUGUCAAUCUUACGGCACCAUUCCUCCUCCUGUUGCUGCUGCUGCUAUGCACCACCUACACCACCAUGGCAACCAACUGGCUCUCCCUGGCGAGGCUGCCUCGCUCCAGGGCCGUGUCUGGUGCUGCUCCAUGUGCACGGCUGAGGGGGCUGACCCCAGGGCAGGUGGGGGUGUGCAGGGCACGAGGGGAGGUUAUGGAGUCCGUACGCAAAGCAGCAGAAAUGGUCAUAGAAGAGUGCCAGCAUCAGUUCAGGAAUCGCCGCUGGAACUGCUCCACCACGCCACGUGGGAUCAAUGUAUUUGGAAGAGUCAUGAACCAAGGCACUCGUGAGGCGGCUUUUGUGCACGCUCUAUCUUCAGCGGCUGUGGCAGUGGCUGUGACCCGAGCUUGCACCCGAGGCGAGCUGGAGAGGUGUGGUUGCGACAGGAAGGUCAGAGGCAUCAGCCCUGAAGGCUUCCAGUGGUCAGGGUGCAGUGACAACCUGUCCUAUGGUGUGGCUUUCUCUCAAACCUUUGUGGACGAACCUGAGCGGGCCAAGGGGCUGUCAGCGGGGCGCCCACUCAUGAACCUCCACAACAACGAGGCUGGUCGAAAGGCCAUCCUUCACAACAUGCAGGUAGAGUGUAAGUGCCACGGCGUCUCCGGCUCCUGUGAGUUAAAAACCUGCUGGAAAGUCAUGCCCCCAUUCAGACGGGUCGGUGCUGUGCUCAAGGAACGCUUUGAUGGAGCGACAGAGGUCCGAUUGACUCGUAUUGGGUCUAAGCCAGCUUUGCUUCCUCGUGACCCCUAUGUCAAACCCCCUGCUGCCAGAGACCUUGUGUAUCUCGCACCCUCCCCAGAUUUCUGCCACCAUGACCCAGAUAACGGCAUCCCUGGGACUGCUGGAAGAAGGUGUAAUGGGACGUCCCGGCUGGCACCAGAUGGCUGUGAGCUGGUGUGCUGUGGUCCUGGGUACAGAGCAGGCCGGGCCGAGGUGGUGCAGCGCUGCUCCUGCAAGUUUUCUUGGUGCUGCUCAGUCCGUUGUCAGCAGUGCAAGAAUACCGUCACCAUUCACACCUGCAGAGUUUGAAAUGGCUCAGACAAGACCGGAUUGAAUGCAAUUAAAAACCCAGCUGAGCCAGCAGAAAGGCACCACAGAAAACAGAGCAGAAUAAAUACAACAGCUUUGACACCAAAAUGACGUUACAUGCUUCCCAAAAACCUUCUGAUUCCAGAUAAUUAUCCACCUUCUGGCUAGGCUCCUCAGAUUUAAAAGCUGCAGCAAUCUAAUGUUAAAGAAGAUGAGCAUUAUGGAGUAAUCACGGUCUCUCUUUCAAAAACGAUUGUCCAAAUAAAACUGCAAAGGUGGACAGAUUCACAGACGCGCAUGUACACACAGCAGCUACUUAAACCUUCACCUGACAAAGCUUUUAAAGCUGAAAUUAACUAAAACUAACAGAAACACUGCAGAAAUGUUUUUAAUGCUUAUAUUUUAUGUCUUAGACUAGCCGGUCUUUGAAUGUGUUCUGUAUUUAUGUUUCCUUUUUUUGUUCCUGGUUUAUUUAUUUUUUACAGUUGUGUUCAAGGUAAUAGCAGUUUAAGAUCACUAAGCAGAUCAAACAAUGUUUUUGGUCAGAAUUAUAUUUCUACGUGCCAAAUAAUUUACUAGGUGUAGUAGAGUAACAGAAAACCAACAGAACCAACAGUCAUGACAUAUAGGCUACUGAUUCUGUGUAACUGAAUCAUUAAUUAAAAGGGGCAUGUUCAAAAUAAAA